UUUUCAGAUCAAACAUAGAUUAGAAUGUAGGAUAGUUCAUAAUGGACUGCGUUGGGAAAAUGGAAGUUAUGGUAGAUGAGUCCAUAGGUGAUACCGAUCAGGGUGAUACACAGUGCUCUUCUGAGGAUGAAGUUACCUAUGUCAACAACAAUUGCGCAAGCACUUCCAAGGAGGACCACACAUAUUGCCGCUGUACAAAACGUGUACAUAAUGGAAACAGAUGGCAUGAUGACAGCUAUGAGGAACCUUUGUAUAAUAUCCGCGAAAGAAAUACUGAGAAUUGUCAUGUGGACAAUGAUGCGAAUCGUAAACAGGCCACAUCAUUCAGCGAUGGCAAGCCAGUAAAACUUCCUAAUGUCUUUGUGCGUAGCGAUAAGACUUGGAGAUUCCAGAAGGAGACUGUAGUUGCCACCUGCGGUGAAGAUGGGCAGUUCUUCUAUCACCCCGAUCCCUUCUCACCGGCUCCGCCGUUCAAAGGUGCACCGAGUGCUGUGAAAAGAAUGCAGUAUGCUGCGCAACGGAUAGAUAAUCGGAAAUACAGGGGCCAACGCGACAAGGUUCUAGCAUCUGAUGAAAUGGACAGUGCGACAUGCUCAAAAUGUCAUUUGCGGUUUUUCCUACCGUUUCGUCAUUUUAAAAAUAGAAUAACAUAUGCUGUCGCUCACUUCUGCCCACUAACUAACCCUACUGACUCGCACUAA